GGCGGGCGGCAAGCUUUCAGUUCUCCCCUCCAGGCGUGAGGCGGGCGGUGGGUGCGCACUCGCCGCCAGUCCCUUCGCGACGCACCUCGCGACACCAUGUCCUCCUUGUGGAUCUUACUAACGCUGCUCCCCGUGCUGGGGGCAGCAGAGAGGUUCAACUGUAAAGGUAGAAUACUCGGCGCGUACUACGCAGACGCCAAGUCUGGGUGCAAGGCGUUCCACGUAUGCGUGAGGGUCGCGGGCGGCGGCAUCAGGGACUUCAGGUUCUUCUGCCCUCCCGGCACGCUGUUCCACCAAGAGGCUCAGACGUGCACCGACUGGGGUGAUGACGACCCCCUGGCCUGCCCCGCAGACAUCUACGACGGUCAGUUUGAUCUCUACAGGAUAGGAUCUGGAUUUGACACAAGAAAAAUAUCGUCUCCAUCAUAUCGUGAAGAAGAACCAGAAUUUGGGCUACAGCGCGCCGAGACAGGCGAUCGCCGACUUUCACAAAGCAAUGGCGCUUCUAAUGGACCUGCUUCUGAUCUCCGUGCCGCUCACUCGUCAGACUUCUUUACCGGGCAGCGCGACCGUGGCCGCGAUGAUGCCGCAUCAUCUGCACCCUCUGCGCCUGUUGCGUCCCACGCUCCGCCCCCUGCCCCACGACAGUCCUUCAGAAGAGCUACGACACCUUACACAACUCCUUCUACUACGCAAUAUACAACACCGUCGUCAAUCCCGCCUCAACAGUCCAACCCUCCUCAAUUCGAAACAUCUAAACGUAAAUUCAUCAGAAAACGUCCGAUUUAUCCUUCAACACCAGUGCCGCAAACGUUCGCACCUAAUACUCAAUCGCAACAACCUUAUCAGGAAGAACAACAAAAUUUCAAUCGCCGACAACCGCCACAAAAUAGGCCGAGCUAUACGACGCCAAAUGUACCGAUUCAAUUCAGAGAAUUCAAAGACGAGUACGUUGAAGUAAGCAGGGUCACGCCAAAACAAAACCGAUUCUUUGGUAACAGUCCGACUGCGACACCUUUCGCCCAAUCGACCCAAGCUCCUAAUUUCAACAAGAAGGAAGGUCUGGUAGAAUUGUACAAUUACGAAGCACAAUCGACUCCAGGCCUUACCGUUCAAAACGAAAAUCGACCAUAUAAAGUGCGAAAUGGUUUUAAUGUGCAAGAUGUUCCACUAGAACAAGACUUUGCGCGCAAUAAAAAACUAAAUAAUAAUAAUUUUAACAACAACAAUAACUAUAACAACAACAAUUAUAAUAGGGUCUCCUCUACAACGACAGUUGAUUAUAAUGCUGUGUCUCGAAGUGGCGGAAGUAGCACACCAUCUUAUAAAAACUUUAACAGCGUCUCAUACGAAUCUGAGAAGAAUAAUUUUGCUCCGUUUGCCAAGAACAAUUAUGUAAAUAAUCCUACCACUGUACCUACAACCACAACAACGGUAUAUACAACUCAACGCCCGGAGCCUCCUGCAAAUUUGAACACAGUUGCAUACAACACCAACAUCGGAUUCCAGGCGCAAUCAAAUAAUUUCGCUGAAAGUGAUGAAGAUGAUGGACAAUAUCGUCCCCCGCAAGGCGAAGACGAUGGCCAAUAUAGACCAGAGCUAUAUGAAAGGGAACUUCUCUCUGGAGCUCAUUCGCUUAAUAUAGCUGCUAGUGGCAACAGACUGCAAGAGGAUAAGAAAACCUAUUCAAAAUCUCAGUCUAAAGGUAAAUCUCAGACGGCUGUCCCGCGUCCGUUCCGCCCAGCACCGACGCCUACAGUGACACCCGCACAAACAACUCGAGUGCCCGAGACGAUAUACACAACGACGCAGGUGCCGCAAACAAUCAACACGCAGCGCACGUUCGAUUACUUCCAAACUUACACAACAACGUCUAGACCAAGCGAAAAUCCAGGAAAUAAUAUCCCUGUAGCUAACAAUGCACUGGCGAGGUCGACAACUUCCGCACCUAGAAUUCCUGAGAGCCGACCGACUCGGCCGCAUAACCGGCCGCCACCGACGCAAACUCCAACGUUCGCGCCUCUACCCCCAUCCCACCCGCCGCACUUCGCCAAGCCAUCGAACAACAAAGAAGACACGAGCUACGACUACGCGUAUUACGACUCUGAUCCCGGAUUCUCUGAAUACGACCACAUAGAAGAAUUCGGAAGAACUAAGAAGAGAGCAUAGGUGCUUUUACGUGCUGUUUCAUUGCCAUUAUAUUAGUUGCCUCUUUGGAUAGUAAAUACAUUAUGGCAUUUCACUUAUUUAUCACUAUAUUUAACUAUACGGAAAUUGCUUAUAGAGUACAUUAAAUUGUACACAUUGUGAUCUAGUUUUUUGAUCAUUUUUUUUCAAAAUGACUUCCUAAAGCUAUUUAAAAUUGGUAUGCCUUGUAAAUUCGCUUCAAUGUAAAAUUAUCGAUAUGAUCUACUGUUUGUACAAAACCAACAUACUCCUAUCUGGAGAGGCUUACCUGUAGUUACCCUAAAUUAUUUGUGAUAAUAAUUUUAUUAUUGAUAUUACUAUUGGUACCAGUAGUGACCAACCUAUACAAAUCAGCAUUCAUAAUAUAUUAAUAUUAAGACUCGAUGCAGCGGUUAAUGAAUGUUGAAAAAACCCUGAAGCUAUGAAAAUAAAUUUACUUUUGCUAGUGAUGGCUUGUAAUGGAUUAGAUUAUAGUUUUACGUUUUAUCUAUGUACAAUAUAAAGUAAGUUAUGACGAUAGAUUGUAAAAUAUUUCAUUGUAAAUAAAGUUGUCUUAAAAACAAUA